AUGGCUGAAACACCUGCUGCAACUAAUAGCCAGGAUGCUCAUGAAGGCCUCAUUAUUCAUCCACCCAUGCCCAGCACUGAAAGUCAAGCUAGUGAUGAGAAAUCAUCAAAUGCAAAUAUCUCACUGACCCUUUCUAGAAGCAAAGCACGCAAGUUAAAAAGAAGGAUCAAAGCCUGCGAGGACGGAUCCGUGGAGGAUGUCGCAAAACAGGACAUCCAGGUAUACUCCCAAGUCAAAAAGAUGUGGCUCAAGUCAAAAUCAAACCGGAGAAACUUCAGUCACUGUAUGCCUUAUGGUAAUGAAGUUAACGACGAUGAGGGCGAUGCACAACCAGAGAAUACACCAGCCAAACAGGACGACGAAGUCCAAGACAAUGAUAUUGUCAGCGGGAAUGCCAGCAGCAACACCAAAGCGAAUGAACAUGGGAAGCAAAGGAAGAAUAAGUGUCGAGCGAAGUCACAAAGCAACCCAAUAAGUGUCCUGAAGCACGGCGAUAAAAAAAACUCGAAAGAACAGGUUGAUUUGACAGAGGACAAGACAAAGCAAUCCGUAGACGAUGAUACUACGAAUGAGGAUGCCACAAACGAGGGAAAAUCAAACAGUUCAAUACUGUCCUCGGAGAGACGCAGAACUUUAUCACAAGCUCCACCAAGUUUGAACGAAGAUGGCACUACUGCCACGUCCUGUACCUUACAGGCGCUAAACACUGGAGAUAGUCAAAAUGAAAAAGAGCCUUGCGAACGAACCAUUUUUUGCAAAAAUGGGAUUGUCUUUGGGCACUAUUCCGACCCAUCGUCAGGAACAGUAUCUUCGCAUCCGCCUCGCCCUAGUCCUCAUUCCGAGCAAGAAUAUCAUCAACAAGUCCGUGGCCCGUAUGACCAGGCAGCGCCGCGUCUCCAUUUUCCAGGAGGUUGGGCCCAGCACUCGGAUCCGUAUCAACAAUCUCGGGUGUCUCAGCCGCACAAUCCAAAGUACUGUCCCCCGUUCUUGGUUCCGGAAGGGUAUUACGGCGCUCAGUACCCAUAUCCACUGCAUAAUACAGCAUGUGCUCCGUAUAAUGAUACAGAGCGAUGUGCUGCAGAUGGCGGGCAACACAGCCACCAGUGGCCAUACCAACGCCCAGUUUCUGAUAUGAGCCAUUGCCCAGUUGAAACUGUAUCUGAUUUGGAUGGUCUGGAUACAAUCCGCAUAAAUCGCCAGGCACGGCAACCCCUGAUUCAGAGAGAUAUCACUCCCAAAGACCGCUUUAACAUGCUAGCAAAUGGUACAGACCGGCCAUUGGAUUUCGAUACUGGGCGAAUCACAGCGGUACCGACUCGCGUUCAGGGCAAUGCAGAUGCCAACACAGAGACGCGGGCGAUAAUCAGUUAUCUUCUUCGGGCCUUCAAAUCCGGUCUGCACUCAGACUACAAAUUGAGUUUGCAAAGCAAGGAGGAACACAUUCCUCCGCUUCACUUUAACCCUCAUAGUCUUAUAAUGUGGAGAAACCCGCACCUGAAUACUAUUAUGAAGAAUAUUGAGAAAGGGCAGUUUCCAAGGGAAAUCAACAUUGUUGCUGAAACCAGCUUUACAAUCCCAGCAGCUUUCGACAUUGCGCUUCAAAACCUCUAUGGUGCUCCGCUAAUGACCAAGGAGCAAAUGGGCAAGCCAGAAAUUCUUGCUGUCAACUGGGGUUGUCAGGUUGGUGAUGUCGCUCGAAUGAAUUUUGCGUUGUCUUAUCUCAGUUCCGGAGCUUUUUUGGCGAACCGGAAUAUCAUUGCAAGCGCGAUUCGAAUGAUAAAGUCGAUCCUUGAUUGGAACACCUUGGAAACACUUGUUCAUUUCGGAUUUGCCACCAACCAGUACCUAAUCGGCUGCAGUGAUGAAUUCGCUCGGGAUAGAGAGUCCGAUUCAGACAGCUCAAACGACGAGAGUAUUGAUACGGUGGAGGAUUUCGAUAUCAAUGGGAACCACCGAGAACCACAGCCCGACAACCCGUUUUUAUCGAAGAAAACCCUCAACCUUGAGCUAGUUCAUAAAUGGGGUCCCAAGUUGCUAAAAGCCGCCCUAAAAUUCGUUGCAGCUGAGAUCACUCCAGAUUUUACGUUUCACCCUUCCGCCAGGACUGCCAUAAUGCCUGAUCGAUUGGGAUGGCCCCAAGAGGCGAGCUACUCGUCGAUUGAGAGCGCGGCGGCCGAUAUCACCUGGCACAAGAAUAGGGCGGUAUCCGCAACGCUUAUAGCGCUCCCAUACAAACAUCUGCGAUUGGUGUUCGAUUUCAUGGCUGCAUUUGGAAAUCAGGAUAUAGAUCUUGCAAGAGCUGUGGUGGCUCAGAGAGAAUCCCGGCGCAUGAGAACUUUGCGCAAACUGCAACUUAACGGCGGCGACGAAGAGUAUUUGCUUCCAACAUCAGAUGUUCCACUGGGAUGGGAAGAGGUUAUCGUCGAGCAAGGACAGAAGAUGAGGCUGGCUAGAGAGUGGAAGGGGGCCAGCGCAACCGUAUCAAACGCGAGUCCCGAUCCGGAGUCCUUGACGCAUUAUCCAGGCUAUUCUUGA